AUGCUCCAGCUAGACCUUCGACCGGGCGAUGGAAUAGGAUCAUUUAAACUUGGCGCCUCGCUUUGGUCCAUUCUGUCCUUCGUCCGCCAACCGCAAUCCAAGACCCUCUUUCCCAGUGUCCAGAUCACAUACGAUGUGGCCACUCCCGCAGAGACAAUUAUUCUAGUGCAUCUGCAUCCUCAUCUGGACCUGCUGUUCUCCAGCAAGCACCAGCGUCUGCACACGAUUGUCCUCCGUAAUCUCCGCCAUGGAAUGCUUGCAUCACCACGGCCUGCCUCGCAGCAGCUGGGUAUUCCAAGCAGCUCUGUGUCCUCUACACGUAGCAGCCGGCCUUCCUCUACAAGCGCCGCUGCUGGAGGUGGUGGAACAGGCUUGACUGUACGCUACAGACACACGGUUAUAUCAUCCCAGGAUGAAGUCCUCAGACGUGGGAGUGUGAUGCGACACUUUGGGCCUACGUAUGAGGGUGAGGUGAUGCAAUAUCCAGGCGUGGCGUUUCUCUUCGAGGACGAGCUCCCGUCUUCGUCUACCUCGUUCCCUUCUUCAUCCUCUGGUGGGAUGCACAAGCGUUCAACCAACACAGAGGAGAGUAAGCACAUUGAAGUGCGAAAGAUUGCCAUCACCCAGCGAAGCACAGCCGCAAAUGGAGAGACUAACGAUGCGUUUGAGGAGGUUUUGGAGUGUCCAACAAUGGAUGGUGAACUCCGGUCUGUCGUCGUCAACGUGCAUCGGGGGAUAGAUAUGUAUUUCUUCCCCUCCUCAGACGCUGGUCCGCGGUCACUAGUACUUGGUGAAUCGACGGCAGAGGACAUUCGAUACGAGCUUGGAGAGCCCACGGGCAUACACUACAAAGAUGACGACCGCAUGGCAAUUCACGGUUCCAACACGCAGACGCUUUCCUCCAAUAGUUAUUUUAUGAAUUAUUAUCAUUUUGGCAUGGAUCUCCUUCUCGACGGGGAAAGCAAUGUCCUUAAGAAGAUUAUACUACAUUCUAACAUAAUAGGCUCUCCAUUGUUCCAACGGUACAAGCGGUGUCCUUGGGAGAUUGCGGACCAGUCGUCACAGGAUAAGAGAGUCACCUUUGCCGAUUCUCUGGAGGAUAUAAAGACUCUUCUUGGAAAGUACUCCGAGGCAUCACAGCCGAUGCAAGUCGAUAGGUCUGAAGACUAUGAGGCUCUGUCUAUCCCAGCUUUCUCAACACGGUUGAUCGGGUUCGAUGGUAUCAUCCUCGAAUCGAUAUCCUCUGGGCAGGUGGCGGCCAUUACCGUCUACUAA